CUAAAUUGUUAUUCUCUUUCUAUGUUAUUCGUCGAAGAUAUACUACGAGUUUGCGUGAGGAAGGCGUGAAUCCUUCAUCUUAAAGAGAACUUUGUUCCUGCUCAUUUUUCGUAAUUUUGUUAAUGUACGCUCAUGUUUACAUCAAAUGUUAAAAGAUUGAAAGUCUAUUGACAGUUGUAAUUUAAACGCCCCCAAAAUGGUCGACCGACUAGUUAACAGUGAGGCAAAUGCCAGAAGAAUUGCUACUGUUGAGAAUUGUUUUGGGACUUCAGGGCAGCCCCUAGCUAUCCAAGGACGUGUUUUAGUUGGUGAAGGUGUUCUGACAAAAAUGUGUCGUAAGAAAGCAAAACCGAGACAGUUCUUUUUGUUUAAUGACAUAUUAGUGUAUGGAAACAUCGUAAUGGACAAGAAAAUGUAUAAUAAACAGCAUAUUAUUCCUUUAGAAGAGGUGAAAUUAGAAAAUUUGGAUGACGAUGGAAUAUUGAAAAAUGGUUGGCUGAUCAGAACACCCACUAAGUCAUUUGCGGUUUAUGCAGCUACAGCUACAGAGAAAACAGAGUGGAUGGCACACAUUAAUAAGUGUGUAGAUGAUUUACUGAAAAAGACUGGUAAGAAACCAUCAUUAGAGCAUGCUGCUGUUUGGAUCCCCGAUGCUGAAGCAUCGAUUUGCAUGCAUUGCCGUAAAACACAGUUUACUGUGCUAAACCGUAGACAUCACUGUAGAAAGUGUGGUGCUGUCGUGUGCAAUUCUUGUUCCAAUAAGAAAUUUUUGUUGCCUGCUCAAUCUUCGAAACCUCUAAGAGUGUGUUUGAGCUGUUACGAUACAUUGUAUAACUGUACAAAAUAUCAUGGUGGUUCUGAACCAAGCAAAACUAUUGAUAAACCGAGCAACCAAGAUUCAUCGGGAGAAGAUGAUUCAGAAGAUGAAUUAGAUGAUGGUAAACUUGACGACACCAUCAAAAAUAUUCGAGAUCUGUCUUUAGAUGAUAAGCCUACAUUUUAUAAUGAUUCCCAUGAAGUAGAAGAAGCCCAACCUUCACAUGGUCCUUGCGCCGUAAAGUCGGAACAGUUAUGCACUCCAAUUUCUGCCAUAAAGUUGGCUCAAGCAUCCACUCAGAUUUCAGCCAUAAAGUCUGAACUGGAUUGCACUCUGACUCCUGGAGAUCAAUUGGGGCAGGAGACUACUGGAGAUCAAUCGGGGCUAGAGUCUUGCUCUUCAUUGCUAAGUGAUUCAAAUACUGUUGUUAGUUCUAGUGAAUAUGAAACUGCCGACUGUGAGCUGCAUUAUGGUGAUUCUUAAACUUUUCUUUUAUUUUGUAGUUCCAAAACUAUUUGACAAUUUUGUACAUUUUUCGUAUUUGAUUUGGUGGGUUCGAACAUUAAAUUUAAACUACUUCAAGUGCCUUCUUUUAACAGAAGUUUUAACAUUUGUCUGUUUUCUUCGGGAACAUUUUACCGAUUUCUUCAGGAACAUUUUACAAUGUUUUGUACUUAGGAGAGGACGAUUGAGAAAAUCACUGAAGUGAUAGAGAAGCAGUAUUUUUUGUAGACGCAAUGUACCUACUGUAAUUUUUACAUCAAAAGAUAGUGACUUUGAUUGAUGUAGUUAUAUUAAUUAAUUUUAAAAAUGUUUCUGAAUUGCGUUUGAACAUUUUCUGGUUUUUUCAGAAGGAACUCUUGUGCUAUUUAUUUUUAGCGUCUAAAAUUAAUAGUAUAAUACUCAAUACCAAUACUUUGUUUUUACAAUCAAUUUGCAUUUGAUUCUUCAUGGGUUUUAUGUUCAAAAUUUAAUGUAACAAACAUGUAUCUCUUGAUUAUUAUUUUUAAUUUUUUUUUUAAUUAAAGUGAACUUUUAACUUAAAUAAAUGCUAUUCAUUUUAAUAUCAAAUUGAAAAGUGUCAUUGUAAAAAAUUGCAAUUCAGCUUUAGUUUGAAUUAUUAUAUUCCUAUAAACAUUGAUGCAAAUGUAUAUUAUCCAGAUUGUGAUGCUUCAUUAAGUGGCUAUAUAUAUACACAUAUAUACAUGUUUAUUUCAAAAUUUCCUUUAUAUUGUAUGUUAAAUUUGUUUAAUUUUAACUGUUGUAUAGUAGUGGGUUGUGAGUCUUCCUAAAGCAAUAUAGUGCAAUUCCAAGUUAAGAGCUUUUAAUGGCAAUCAAAAUUUUCUUUUAAAAAAAAACUAUUUUUGGUCCUUGUUAACUUUGUAAUAAAUCAGUACAUAAGUACCUAUUCAGAGAAAGUUGAGAUUUAUCACUUCUUCAAGUGCCUCUUUGUAAAUGUUACUAUAUAGUAAGAGUUUGUUCAGCUUCUUAAAGAUGUUAAAAUAUAAAUAUAAUUACUGCACUUGUGAAAAUAAAUUUCACCAUUUAUGCCUUAAAAAAUCCUUGCUAUGAAAUGUUGAUUUAUUAUAUACCAUGGUUUUAACAGUAUUGAAAUUUGAAAAGAAUUUAACUUUUAUAUAAAUAUUGUCAUAAUGAAACUAUACUUAGUUACUAUUCUAAUUGUAGUUACUGUGAUAAAGUAGCAAAAUGGUCUGUUCAUAGGAAGCUUUAUUAAUUUGAGCCUUGCCAAGUGUCUUAUAUUGUUCAAUAUUAUAUUUUUCUUUUUAGUUUUCCAUGUUAUAUGCAUAAGGUUACUGGUGCUAACGAUGUUAACUAAAACUGUUUCGUGUGCCUUUAAAAAAAGAGAUACAUUGAAAUGAGAUUUUUUUAUUUUUCUAGCGGACUUGGCGUAUGCAGGGAGUGGGGUUUAUUGUUUCGUUAAAAGUAUACUUAAAAAUUUUGUACAAUAUCAGAAAUUAAUUUUUCUAUGGAUUUGGCUUACACUAUGAAAAAAAAUGUAUUGCAAUAGCUUAAUUUUUCAACUCUCCCCCCCCCCCCCUCUAUUUUUAGGAGGGGUGAAAGGUGUAGGGAAGGAUUGAUCCCCCUUCCCACUUUGAGAAAAUCCUGCAUACAGCAUUUUUGGAGGAUUAAUGAAUUGUAUACAAUUCGGAAUAAUUAAAAAUUAAUUUUCUAUUCUUUUCUUAAAGUAUACAGCAACAUCGUUUUUCUUUCUGUUAACUUGAUUCAUUGAAGAGUCAAUUGAGCAGUAGAGAAUUCUUGAAACUUAAUUUUAAAAAGUCUAAGUUUUAUUAACUUGUUGCAGUAUUAUUAUAAAUAUUGAUAUUUACUGUGUUAAAUUCUAUAAAUAAUUGCUAUUCAUUUGCUGUGUUAAAUUUUAUAAAUAAUUGCUAUUCAUUUAUUAUGUUAAUUUUUUUAAUUGCUAUUGGUUUACUAUGUCAUAUUUUUUAAGUUACUAUAUAUUUACUAUGCUAAAUUUUUUCUAGAAAGAUUUUCUUUCUGAAAAUAAUUCAACUACUAAUUAUAGUGCAUUUUUAAAACCUUUUUUUUUUAUAGCAUGACCUUAGUUCAGUUUGUAUUAAUUAAGUAGUAACAUAUGUGCCUUUCAUUUUCUUAGCAGAAAACUUCAGUAAAUAUAAGUUGUGUUUAAUGAUAAAAAUGUACAAUAAACAGGUGAGCAUGAAUUUAUAUAAAGCAUGUAAGAAAAUUCAUACUGACAGUUAACUGUUGGAUAAGAUGUUGUUUUUGUCUUAUAAUUUUUCAUAUCUUAGAAUAAGGGAAACAUAUUAUAUUUUUGUUAAUUUUAUAACUGCUGAAAACCUUAAUUAACUUUUUUGGUAAAUGUUAAAAGAUUGAGUGAUGAAGUGUGGAUAUUAUUUUGAAAAGCAUAAAGACAGUUAAUUUUUUAUUUAAUUUUCAUAGUUAAUUUCAUUCAAAAUGUGUUUUUCAAACAAAUUAUUUUUACAUGCCUUUUUUAAGAGUUGGCUUUUUAUACAUUGGUGCUUUUUCAAUGUGUUUUUUUUUUGUCCGGUUCCAAAAUGUUGCUGUAUAAUACUAGUUUGGUAUAAAGUCUGAAUUAAACUUUUUUUUUCCGUACUGUAGGAAAACUCAUUUGCUAAACUAUGUAAAAAAGGAAAGAAUGCUACAACAUCUUCUCCCUAAUAAAUAUUGUGUUUGGUUAAAACUCAUUUUGUUAACUCAUAUUUAAAUGUUAUUCAGUGGCGUUAUUAUUUUUCCCCUAUUUUCAUAAAGCAAUUCCAUUUGUCACAACUAAUUUUAAACAUAACUUUUAAUUCAACGAAAUUUUGAAAACGAGUAUAAUGAUAAUUAAAAUUGUAGCAUUCAUACAUAUUUUAGUCUUUCUUAAAAAAUUUCAAGAACUUUUUUCUCAUGAAGUUUUUUCACCAUUAGCUCAAUUUUUCAUGUUUGUGUAUUCGAAGUCGAUACUUCCAUGUUGUCUUCUUCUAUGUGUUUCCCAGCUGUUUAAGCUGAUAAAUUUGAAAAAUAUUACUGGGCCAUUCCACGGAAAAACGGAUAUUUUGUCUUGCACAUGAUGGCUAAUGUAUUUCAUUAAAAACAAUAUUUUAAAAAAUUAUAAUGAACAAAACUUUAUAGCUUUAGAAAGUUCAAACAUGUAAUUUCUGAAGCAAAUUUUGUUCAUUAAUUUUUAAAAUUAUGUUUCAUUGGAAUAUAAAGACUAUUACGGUCAGGGUAAAAUGGCUUUUUCCAUGGAAUGGCCUACUAUAUUUUAUAAGUAUUCAAUAUAGCUCUUCAACCCUUUCCAGCAUGGUGAUCAUCAAAAAGAACAUAGAUUAAAAUUUUUUUUAUUCUUUUCAAAACCACAAAAAUUGCUUCAGAGGUAAUAUUUUGUUCUUUUUUCCAUGGAUGGCAGCAUUACAAAAAUGAAUAUUUCUGAAAUCUUAAUUUCUUGUUCGAAUUUCCCCCAUUUUUUAAAAAUAAUUUUGGUAAAAUUUUAAAUUUUUCGAUUUGCUCUAAAACAGUCUACUAUUUCUUCAUUUUCCCAGAGGUGUUCAACUAUGUUAUUGUAAAAGAUUUAAACUUAUUUUCAAAUAGAUAAACACUAUUUUUUCCAUCCCAGAUGGGCAGUGUCGACAAACGAGGGCACCAUCUGCUGCGAAAAGAUGUUCAAAUUGUUUUCGCUGUAAAUUCUAGGUCCAGAUGAUCAAUCCCCCCCCUCCCCCCCUUCAUGGUGCUUUUUCCUCAUAUUUCAAAAAUUUUAAUGACUCGUGCCGAAAAAGGUUAAAUGUUAAAAGUACUCAUUUCCAUUUUGUGUAAGCGUCUUUUUUUUUUUUUUUUUUUUUUGCUAAAGAUGGAAAAAACGUGUAAAAGUCAUCUGGGCAAAAUUGUUUUUACAGUUCUUAGCCAAAAUGGCAUAAAUAGAAUUUAAGCUUAACAAUUUCAAUUUUUACUCUAAUUUAAAAAGAGAUAACUUUAAUGUCCUUUAACUUGGAAUAUUAUGUAUCAUUGAAAAUUUAAAUAUUUUGUUUGAACAAUUUUAGUAGAAUUUAUUUUUGGUGAAUCCUAUGAGUGUAGAACAUAAGUAAGGGGGGGGGGAGUAAAUAACAUUAAAAUAACUCAUUGGCUGUGAUUUAAAUGUUUAUUAUCUAUCAAUCAACUUUUAAUAGAAGUAAUACCAAUAUUGCUAUAUUAUCAGAACAAUACGAAUUUGAAAAGAAAAUAUCAUUAUUUAAUAUGAUUAUAACUCAAAAUUAAACUAUAACUUGAAUAAUAAAAAUAGAUCCAAAUGAAACAGGUAAAUCUUAUUAAAUUCAGUUGAAUUUUCUAUAUCACUGUACACUUUUUGGCUAUUCAGCAUUGCAUUAAAAAGAAGCGUUUCUUAGAACACCAUCUAUACCAACCAAACUGUUUUGUGUGUGUUUAAUCAUCAAAACUAAUAAAAAUAAAAAAACUUGUUUAAUAUCCUAAUUUAAGUCAAUUGCAUUAUGUACAAAAUAUUUUUAGCAACUUUUUAAAAUCCAGCCAAUUUUCCUACUUUUUACCAGGUUUUUUCCAGCUUCUGCCAUUGCCCUGGUAAAAAUAUCACUUUGUUAGCAAAAUAGCCAACCCUAGUAAUAUGCUAUCUUUCAUUGAUGUUUCAACAUGUUAUUGCUGUGAGAAUUUACAAAAAAUUCAUUUAUUGGCAAUAUAUUUCAUGUUUGCAGAGAAUUCUUCUAUUUGGUUAAAAAUCUGUUUCAUGUUAGAUAAGUCUUCGGAUUCUUUUGCAAUGUUUAACUGUUAGGGUUAAUGUUCAGAAUGUAUUUAAAGAGAUUUUAUAAUAAUUUAAAUUUCAGAUUGAAUGUAAAGCAAUUCAUUUAAAUAAGAAAGUAUUAUAUUUCAUUUGAUGAUAACAAAUUAUGUGUCUUUAACUGUCAAAAGUUAUUUCUAAAGAAAAUUUGCUAAAAGUGAUUUUAAUGUCAGCAUACUGAGAAUAAAUGUUUUUAUAAUAAACAC